UCCGCCCGCGGCCCUGCUGCCGGAGCGGGCGCUCCGGGCCGGCGCCUCUCGCCCGCUGCCUCCCGAGGGCCCCUGGCAUCCCGCGCCCCGGUCAGCCGCGCGGCGCCACCGGGAAGGGCGGGGACCCGGUCGGCGUAGCGACCCGCGGCAGGGCUAGAGGAGGGCUCGCGCGGCCGGCUCCCCACGGAUCCGAGGACACUUUCCCCGCCCUCUGCCUGGGCAGUUCAACCCGGGCCCCGGGCUCGGGGGUGACCGCCUUUCCCGGCCCGCGCGCGGCCAAGCGCAGCCCGGAGCCCUGUGCGAGCGCGCCGCGCCCCGGGUCCCCAGAUUAGCUGCCCUGGAGGCCCAAGCGGCGCGCAAACUUUUGCUCCAGCGCCCCGCGCUCUUCCUCUGCUUGUGAAGCCCCCGAGCGCCCGCGCAGCCGCCAGGUUCGGCCCACCAGUGGGCGCCUUGGGUCGAGAUGCUACUCCGGGACCUGGUGCUGCGCCGUGGCUGCUGCUGGCCCUCACUACUGCUGCACUGUGCGCUUCACCCACUCUGGGGCUUCGUUCAGGUGACGCAUGCUGAGCCCCAGAAGUCUUGUUCCAAGGUGACUGACAGCUGCCAACACAUCUGCCAGUGCCGGCCCCCGCCCCCUCUACCCCCUCCCCCUCCCCCUCCGCCACCUCCCAGACUACUCUCCGCCCCAGUGCCCAACUCUACCUCGUGCCCUGCAGAGGACAGCUGGUGGUCGGGGCUGGUGAUCGUCGUUGCUGUCGUCUGUGCCUCCCUGGUGUUUCUGACCGUGCUGGUCAUCAUUUGCUACAAAGCCAUAAAGAGGAAACCACUGAGAAAAGAUGAAAAUGGCACCAGUGUUGCUGAAUAUCCCAUGAGCUCAUCCCAGAGUAGCAAAGGGGUGGACGUCAGCACUGCGGUGGUGUGACUCGCAGGCCCUGGACCCACGGGCUGGAAGGGCACCUUGGUGACGCUGGUGGUCAUGGAUGACGGGUGGACAUGAGCUGACCCUGUGCCUGUCCAAGACUUCAUGCUUUACAGGCCUCGGCCUCCUGAAAGAGAAAGCAUCCUCCUCCCAGGCUAGCUCUGGUCAACCCUCAGGGUGCAGCACAGACACCAGGCUUGAGCCAGGCUCCCCUGCAUGUGGCCCCUGAGCAGCAGCCCCACCCAGGGCCCCCCAUACCCUCCCU